AUGUCGAGUUUCACGAAGACCGCACGGGUUGAACAAGCUUCGGCAAGUAAACCGCCAUUCCUCACGGCGGGUCAGAUCACGCCCGAAGUGCUGCGCAGUUGGGAAAUGGGUUGUAUGCAGUUCUUCUUACAUAAGGAAGUACAGGAGGUUGAGAAGGUAAAGAAGAUUGCGUGGGGCAUGCAAGAUCCGAUCGUUCAGGACUGGUAUCUCAAUAAUCAGGAGGAAUUUGAUGCACUGACAUUCAGGGAAUUCGUAACUCAUAUUCACGAAUACUGGUUGCCGACGAAUUGGGCGGAUACGGUCAGGCGCAAGAUGUUAUCAUCUGUUCAGGGACAACGCCCUUUCAGUGAGUGGGCUGUGGACAUCCAAAGCCAGAACACCUUGCUGCGUGACACCGCUUCCCACCUUGACGACGUCAACCUCCUCUACCACCUUGAAUCACACAUGAAUUCAGAUCUCGCCGCAGACUACUAUGCAGAAAAUAUCGCCGAGGAAGACAUUCGCAGAUGGAUUGAGAAGGUACGCCUACUUGACGAGAAACGCCUGCGAUACCUCACUAGACAGAAGGACGCCGUUGAUACGGCACUACGAGCUGAACGUGCGCGGGCUGGUCUGGAUAAGAAGAUUCCUUUCAACCCUCGCAGCACGAAUAAGCCGAGCACGACACAGUCCAACAACACGUCAUCCAAACCCUUUGUCCGCCUUCCGCCACUUUCUGACAUCGAAAGGCAGUUACUCCGAGAUAACGAUGGCUGCUUCAAGUGCUGGGAACCAUUUGCGGGCCACAACUCAGCAGCAUGCCAGAAUGGCUUCCCGGACGGUUCAAAGUAUAAAGCACUCACAGCAGCAUCGAUUGCCAGCAAGAAAUCGAAGCAGAAGACUGGUGUCAUCGCGGCCGUUGAUGUGGAGGAUGAAAAUUCAAACACGGUUGCAGUCGUAAUGCCAUCAGCGGCACUGGGUAAUGGUACUGACUCGGGUGAAGAGUGUGUGGCUCCUCUACAGACCCCUCAUCUUCGAUGGAACUGUCUGGUUGACGGACCCUCGGUUACCUCUCCUGUUACUGUUUCAGCGCUUAUUGACCAUGGUUCUGCUUUAGUUCUGAUUGGUGAAGAACUUGUCGCCAAGCUCGGACUCCGACGACGCAAGCUUCACAAACCGCUUCCUGUCUCCCUCGCAAUGUCUCAGAACAAAACGUUUCUUCUUUCGCACUAUGUCAAGUUAGCGUGCACCUCGCUCGAUAAUUGUUACACUUCUCGGACUGUACGUGCGAUCAUCGCACCCAACCUUUGUACACCCUUGUUACUUGGGGGCCCGUUUCUUCAACACAAUCACAUUAUUGUUGACCAUGAGCUACGUACUUGCAUCCCAAAAAACACUAACUAUGAUCUCUUGCAAGACCAGCGUGCAUCUCUCGCGGAUAAGCCAGCGCGCAUAUCGGCAUCUGGUCCAAAACUCGAGUGCAAACCUGUUCGACAAAUCGACGUUGUGGCUGCCGUACAAGCUAAGAUCGAGAACCUGGUGUAUCAGGACAGCCUUAAAGACCUUGAUGCACGGAUGAAAGACGAAUUCAAGGAUCGAUUCCCUGUGGAUAUCCCCCACAAUGAUACUAUGCCGCGCGACGUAUUGUUUCGCAUCACCCUGAAAGACGCUAAUAAAAUCGUUCAACAGAGGUCGUACGAUUGUCCGAAGAAAUAUCGUGCAGCGUGGAAG